AUGGUUUCCCUUUGGCCAUGGAAGCGUGAGGAUAAUUCCCCUGCUUCCUUUGAGAAGACAUUAUCCGCUUUGGCAGAGAAAAUCUCGAAAUCACAAGCACAGUUAGAGUCUCGCAGACUUCGUGGCAGACGUGUGAAGGCAUUAUGGACGUUAUAUUCAAGUUUCGCAUAUUUGGUCGUGUUCGUCAUAGUUCUUCUGGUGAUCGGUUGGAAGAAUUUGACGGCCUUGGAGUAUACUGGUCUUGCGGGAAGUCCGUUAAUAAUUUAUCUCAUUCGAAGUGGCAUAACGAGAUAUUAUGAUUAUAUGGUUGAAUCCAUCACGCAUCGUUUGGAGGAACAACAAGCCGAAAGGGCCAAGACUAUCGACAAAUUGAAGGCUGCCACGAAAUACAACUCCACACAAGAACUUCUAGAGAAAUAUGGUGGCGCUCCACCAAAACCUACUGCACCAAAGAGAACUCCAUCCGCGAAGAAGACUCCAAAGAACAAAGAUGCGCACCCCCCACGAACAAGUAUGGGCCCACCUGCGACAGCGAAUAUACCCCGUCCUAACCAAAUUCCGAGUCAUCCUGCUACCCCUCAACCACUUGGUAACAGGACUCCUCCUCCUGCCUUUAUUGCUCCAUCUCCGCCGCCUAUUGCUCCUCGUAGCGAGCCAGGCCCUCCCGAAUUUGCACCAAACGCAUUUUCAGGUCCAUCUCAAUAUGCACAAGGUCAACAUACCCAGAAUGGAGAGUUUGUCGCAGAAGGACACUGGUACGAUCGAGUGUUAGAUUUAUUGCUGGGAGAGGAUGAAACACAUCCUAAGAAUCGACUGGCGUUGAUAUGCAAAACUUGUCGACUUGUCAAUGGUCAAGCACCACCUGGUACAAAAACUUUAGCAGACUUGGGGCAAUGGAGAUGCUUUGGGUGCCGAACUUUGAACGGGGAGGAAGAUGAAGGUGCAAAGGCCGUACAAGAAAUGAAGGAAAAAAUCCAAGAAACGAACGUGAAAGAGGAAAUCACUUCCGAACUUGAUGAUAGAAGUACGGAGAAUGCUGAAGACACUCCGGGGAGUGAGGACUUUGAGCACGAUCAUAUCAAGGACGAAGAACCGUCGGAAGAGGAGAAGGUUGAAGUCAAGCCUAAACGGGAACGGCCCAAAUCAACCCGCCGGAAGGUAUAA